AUGUAUCCUUCAGUAAUGAUUGAGUCUUGUGUGGAUGCGUUAUUGGAUUUCUUGUACAUAAAGAACUCCCAGUUGCUUCUUUACACGCAAGAGCUAGAAGAACUGGCUAACCUGGUGUGCUGUGAGUCGUGCUUCAUCUUUUGUGGUCAGAUCUACAGACAAAAAAGAGGGGUUCCGAUGGGGAGUCCCCUCUCAGGAAUCCUUUGCGAAUUAGUUGUCAGAAGACUAGAAAGAAGGGUUCUUCAUGGGUUCAAAGAUGAUAUCGUAUAUUUCAGCAGGUAUGUGGAUGACAUUCUGAUCUUAUGGAAGAAUAAUAGGAGGGUGCAUGAAUUUAUGAGUAGAAUUAAUGAUAACAAUGAUGGGCUUAGAUUGAGAUUAGAACAAAAGAGUUCCAUGAAUGUGCACUUCUUGGACAUUAAUAUCCGGUUUAUGAAAGGGCAUUUGUCCACAAGUGUUUAUAUUAAACCUACACACACACCAUUAUAUAUACCAUCCCAGUCUAUGGAUCCGUAUCAGUAUAAGAUGGCAGCCUUCCGAGCAUUAAUAAGGAGAGCUUAUUUAUAUUGUGACCAAAUUGCUGACAGAGAGAAGGAGAUUGAUAGAGUAUUGCAGGUGGCCUGGGUUACAGAAAAAGUGUAA